AUGUACAGUCGCGCGGGUCACCAGGCAUGGACACCACCACCUAAUUUUGCCAUGGUUGAGGCCGGCGUAUACCGCAGCGCCUACCCGACACUUGCCAGUGUGCCCUACCUUAAGCAUAUUGGUAUCAAGACAGUCGUGUUGCUAUCUAUUGAGCUGCUACCAGCGUCUGUUGCGCGUGCCCUUGCAAGCACAGAAACAACGACACGUGCCACAGGAAACUCUGAGGGUAACCCGACGUUUAAGAGGGAAACAAGCACCACCGAUUCCAUUUGUGUUGUCUGCACAGCGGAUUUGACGGAGUGGAUGAAUGAAUAUUCAUGGACAAAAGGUGACUUUGCCGAGUCUGACGUCCGUCACGCUCUUAAUUUUGCUUUUGAAACCGAUUUUCAACCUGUGCUUUUUACGUGCCCUACGGGGGAUAUUCAAACCAGCGUUGUCAUAGGAUGCAUGCGGCGAUAUCAGGGAUGGACUCUUGCGGCGGUUCUCGCAGAGUGUGAGCUGUUUUUGAAUGUAUCCACGUGUGUUCGUCCCAGCGUUAUGAGUUUUAUUGAGCGCUGGGACGUCCAUGAACAGCCCCUGCGGGAAGCCGCUAUUGCUAGUUGGAAGCGCGAGCUUUUAUUACAAGAGUCUCAGCAAGAACACUUCCAGAGGAAGAAUUUCAGGGGUCUAAUGUAUGGUUCGAUCGACUCUGGCAACGAUGAUGUCAUAACGAGCAAUGGCAACAAAACGGGGGGGAAAGGAGGCCUCGAAAAUUACCCCACGCACAACGGUGAUAAUGUUGCAGAAAGGGGGUCGUCUCACGCGAGAAAGGGCGGGGAGGGUGCCGCAGUUUCCUCCUCCGCAUCGGCGGUCACGGUCGCGCUGCCGCCGUGGUACACCGCCGGCUUAGCCCGACGAACCGCAUACGCGGAGGAAAUUCUGGCAGCCCGAGCGAAGGCCUUGAGUUCAAGUGAGGACCGAAUGGCGGAACCCCAUGAGCGGUACUUUGGUGUGCGAAAUCCACCAGCACUGGAUGAGCGUUCGACCUUUACAAAGGAAUCCGUCGUGGAGGAAGAUGACGAUUGA